CGGCGGGUGGACUGGGGCUCUCCCGGCCGUGCCCUUCUGCCCUGGGGCUCAGGGAGCAACGGGGCGCUGUCUGGGGCUGUUCUCCCCUGUGGGUUGGGGACCGGGGGCGCUGUGCCACCCUUUGGGACACAUCAGCUGAAGGAGCCCCGCGGUGUCGGAGCAGGCCUGGCUCUGCCCUAUGGCCCAGAGGCUGGCGCUCCAGCGGCUGCUGGCGCUCCCCACGCGGGGGCCCCUGGCAUCCCACGGCAGGGCCUUUGGCACCUCAGCCGGCCGCAGGAGCACUUUCAACGUGCAGGAUGGCAGCGACUUCCAGAACCGGGUGGUGAACAGCCCCAAGCCCGUAGUGGUGGACUUCCACGCACAGUGGUGUGGUCCCUGCAAGAUCCUAGGCCCCAGGUUGGAGAAGCUGGUGGCCAAGCAGGAGGGGAAGGUGCUGAUGGCCAAGGUGGACAUUGACGAUCACACAGAUCUUGCUAUCGAGUACGAGGUAUCAGCAGUGCCAACUGUGCUGGCUAUGAAGAACGGAGACGUUGUGGAUAAAUUUGUGGGCAUAAAGGACGAGGAUCAGCUGGAGGCAUUCCUCAAGAAACUCAUUGGAGCCUGAAGUAAAAGGGUGGCUGUACCUCUGCCUCUGGA